GUUUCACAGAAGAAGAAGAAAUGGAAAAGAGAGUGCGCCUAAGAAUUCAAAAAAAGAAACCCAUUAAGCGCAGCGGAAGAAAAUUGUUACUGAAAAAGGUUUUUGAUUAUCUCAAUUCUGAUACUUUCAUGUAUGCUCCUCUCAUCUCUUCUCUACCCUCUGAUUUUCUAUCAUCCAAUGCCUUUCCUUCCUCUGCUAAAGUGGUGGAUUUGAAAAAGCCAUCAAAAGAGAGACAGUGGCUUCGGGAGUAUCUCAAAUCUGAUGUUUAUAUGUAUGAUCCCCUGCUUCAUCUUUCUCAUUCACCUCAAGAACCUUUGGCGCCAGACCGUGGAAUGAUGGGAAUGGAUGAUUCAACUAGAAGGUUGGCAAUGCAAGUUAAUCAACGAACUGGUCAUUUAGGAAAUGCAAACCAAAGGUCUGAAAGUCAUCUUCCUCCAAUAGACCUCUCGGAUCAGCAAACUUGGAGGCACACAGAAACUGUGAAGCAUACUGUGUACCAAAGUUGUCGCUCAACUUCUGCACCAAGUAAUAGUUUUUGCAGCAUAAAAUAACUCUACUUAUGUUUAUGCUGCAGGAAUUGGGACCCUCAACUCGCACCUGAGAGCUCAUAGUUGAUUGAAACUUUUCGAUAUAGCUGUAAACACAGGAUAGUAAAACCUAUACGUGUUGUACUUUAGGUGUAUAUUAUAAUUGUGUGUAGAAUUUAACUAGAUAUCAUUUUCGUUUUUUGGUAGAAUAUGCUAGUGCCGUUGUUCGUAACUUACUUUGAUAUGCUUUUCAUGUAAUGUUGAGUUAUUUCAGUGGUAGUUUGAAGCUCCUUAUAUGCUAAUCUUUGGCAUGGGGCUGGAAUCUAAAUAAAAAUUACU